UAGCCACGCCUACCAAAUAAUGGCACCCAUUGAAAUGUGGUGGUAGGAGGCUUAUGAGUAUUGAGCGAGGUUUCGAGGAAUACAGUGUCUCCGUUAGCGACUCUACAUCAUCUCUACCCUCUCCACUCUUCCUCUCCUUCAUCUGUUUUGUUCUUUUGAUGUCAGGGAUGUCCUUUUUAAGUCGUCCAAUAAAGCUCAGAUGCUGUCAGUGUUGGAUUGAUGGUGUGCCUCCAGUCUGGCUGGUAAUACUGGGACUAGCAGUAGUACAGUUGGGAUUUGGUGGCUACCCAGUUGUUAUUAAGAAAUUUGCUGACUCAAAAGAAUCAAAAGCCGAUCCGCUUAUACUUAGCUUUUACCGUGAUCUUUGCUGUUUUCCUGUUCUGUUUUUGUGUGCUUUUGUCGCCGAGCGUAAAGUGAUGAUACCGUCUCUUAAAAUGCUAUUUUGGUUUGCCGUGUUUGGUUUAUUGGGCAUGUUUGGUAACCAGUAUCUCUUUAUUUUGGGUGUGUACAAAGCUGGUCCAAAUGUAGCAUCUGUUUUUCAACCACUGAUUCCAGUUUGGACUGCUGUCAUAGUCUGGUUGACAUGUACCGAACGGGCCAAACCUGCUGGAGUGGCCUUUUGGAUUAAGUUAUUUGGAAUAUUACUAGCAGCUGGCGGGGCUAUAGAGAUAACAGUGACGGGUGAGAGAUCAAGUGGAGGAACUGAUGAAGAUAGAUUCCAGCGUAUCCUUGGCUACUUAUUUCUCUUUGGAAACACACUAUGCAUGUCAGUGUAUGUGUGGCUCCAAAAAAGAUUUGUAUUUGGUGAUAAAAAUAAUAAAUGGAGGGAGUAUCCGGUGUUUGUUACAGCCUAUUCGUAUUUCUUUGGUGCCGUAUUCAUGGGACUCUGUUCAUUACAGAAUGUCGUCUCUGAAGAGAAAAGAGAGAAAUUUACGAUUCCUAGACCAUCAGUAUAUGUUCUUGUCUAUGCUACUUUCAUUACUUCGGCUUUAUGCUAUCUUCUAAUUACAUGGGCUAACUCACAGGUAUCUUCAAUAUUGGUCACUGCCUCGUGGCCUCUACAGGUUUUAAUUGCCGUUCUUGGCUCAUGGCUUUUCUUGAAUAUUAAAUUCUUAUAUUUACAAUACCUUGGAGCUGCUAUGCUCAUAUUGGGUCUUGUAUUUGUCCUCCUUGCAAACUACCAGGAAGAAAGAGAGAGAAAAGGAAAAGGAGGCUUCAUAGGUAGAAUUAAUUUGCUCAAGUGCUGCAUUGAUCAGACUUGCAAUGAUGGUGGAGAGGAUACUGAUCCUCUUCUAGGAUCAGUUAACAGCAUACCAAGUGCUCCUUCUCCACUUUAUGAAAAGGAAGAGAAGAAGCCUCUGGACUCUACUCCAUUGUCAACCUCUGAUGACGAGAGAAAAAUAAACUGAUACAAUGAUGAUAAUAAUAAAUAAAGCUAUGGGAGAUAAUGAUGAUAAUUAAUGCUGUGCUGAUACUAUAAAUAAAUUAUUUUAUUAUUGUAAAAAAGAAUAAUUUACUAUAAUACAAGUAUUACAAUAAUUG